AUGCCCUUCUCAAUGUCUUUCUCGACCUUUAAUAAGAAGAAUACCUCUUCCGAUCUGAGAGUAGACAUACCACCACAGAUGGCCAACGGUAUGCAAGCAUACAACGGCACCAGCAACGGAGGUCCCGGAUCGCCCACUCCGUUCAUCAAGAACGAACCGAGAGAUGACGCGAUCAACUUCCAACAGUUCAGCCAGCACCCGGAAGCAUACAGCAUGUCCGCCAAUUCCCACUUUCAGACCCAGCACGGAGGAUUCACGGACCAAGAUUUCGGUGGCGCCGACAGCAUAGAUCCAUCCGAACUGACGGUGCAGAACGGUGGCUUCAGCUUCGGCACGUACUCCAGCAACCAAGGCCUCGGCUUCAUGAACGGCGGCGGCGGUGGGCUCAGCAUCGGCGACGACGACCUCCGCGCGGGACUGCGCGAUGAUCUGUUCGACGGUCUGGACGCACCUCGGCGUGGCAACGACAUGUACUCGUACUCCGACAUGAAUGGCGAUCGUAAGGUUGGUAACGGGGCCGAAUACUCGCACACACCUGACAACCCUCCCGCGGGAUCUCCGUACAUGCGCGGAUUCCCACAGCACGACCAGUUCCGGCGCCUGUACAACGACCCAGCCGAAUCACCUUCGUCAUACAACUCACCGGUCAUCGGUUCGGAUUCGACGCAAGGUACGAAUUUCGAUGGGUUCAUGAAUCCCCAGAAGCGAAAGAACGGCCCUAUCGGAAUGGACAGGUCCGAGAGGAGUCCGUCGGUCAUGUCUCCGCGCACGCCCAACACUCCUGCCCUCCACGGCCUGUCUCUCACAGGUGCCGAGUCCAUCAGUCUUCCGGCGCAGCCGAUCCAGAAUGCCCACCUGAGACAGCACCACAAGACGCUAUCCAACCCGUGGGACGGUACUCCCGGCUCCUCGUCCUACGUGGAUUCGCCGUUGUCGUCACCAGGCAUGCAUGUGCACCCUCAGAUCUCGGACGUGUUCAAGAGCAAGGGAGCUUCCCUGCCCGCCAAGGUCGACCACAUGACAGGCAACUCGCAGGAAGCCAAGAAGAGACGCCGACGUGAGAGUCACAACCUGGUCGAGCGCCGGCGAAGGGACAACAUCAACGAGCGCAUCCAGGAUCUCUCACAGCUUGUGCCACAUCACCGCCUGGAGGACGAAAAGGUCCGCAAGCAGCUCCUCAACAGCGGUUCGUUAUCACCAACCACUGUUGGCGCCAGUGGCAGCCCUCCCCGCGCAACUUCGGGACUGGCGGUCGGACCCGGUGGAGUCGGCCGGCGAGCCAUCCCUCCCAGCGGCAUCAGUGGCGAGGAGAAGGACAAGGGGCCUAACAAGGGCGACAUUCUGAACGGCGCCGUUGGCUGGACUAGGGAUCUGAUGUGGGCCAUGCAGAUGAAGCUGGAGCAGGAGAGGGAGGUUCGGGAGUUGGUGGCCCGUCUCGGUGGUACCUAUCCGUUCGAGGAGAGCGAGGCGGACAGACGGAUGGCUUCUGAGCUCGAAACCGCCAUCGCAAAGGCCAAGAGGGACCACCACGACUUUGGGUACUCUCGUGCCCCUGGAUCCGGCCUCAGGGUUCCAGGCUACACCGACUAUGCCGGCCAGCCGCUCGGAGAUGGAGGAUCUGACCGAGUCAGCCCCGGAUCGACCGGCAAGCCCAUGCAGAACGGUGGGUCCUCGAGAGGAACCCCACACUGGAACGAUGGAAUGAUGUUGAAGGAAGAGGAUGAGUCAUACAGCGGUAUGGAUAUGUCAUGA